AUGCUGCCGUCGCACGGCACCAUCAUCCUCAAGGAGGGCUACCUCAUCAAGCGCAGCAGGAGCAACAAGCUCGUGCCCAAUUGGCGCCGGCGCUACUUCCGGCUCCAGCCCGGCGAGCUUUUGUACUUUGAGUCGCCGCAAGAGGUCGCGCCGCGCCGCCGCAUUCCCCUUGGCCUCGACUCGACCGUCUCGCUCACGAACGACCAAGGCUACAACCUCUGCUUCAUGCUCCAGUCGACGCCGACGUCCGACAAGUUUUACGUCCAGGCCGCGACCGAGACGGAGAAGAAGGCGUGGGUCGACGCCAUCUUUGAAGCCCUUCGCCGCGCCAAAGACGUGCUCAACCAGCCCGACCCGAGCGCGAUGCUGCGACCCAACUUGGUUCACCGGCGCUCGUCGCGGACACCGACGCUGCAAGAGUCGGUGCACCUCAACGUGCGCGUGGCCGCGGCCAAAGGUCUCAUUGCGGCCGACGCGCGGGGCACGAGCGACUCGUACUGCGUCGUGACGCUUGUCGACAAAGGCGGGCACCUCAUCAACGAGACAAAGCGGCAGACCAAAGUCAACGGGAACGACCUCGCGCCCGUGUGGAACUUUGACACGGUCUUUGGCGACAAAAUCGACUUGACGCUCGUGGACGAAGUCCGCUUCGACCUCUUUGACCAAGACUUGUACACCAAGGACGAGUGCAUCGGGACCGUGUCGGUGCCCAUGGGCCUGUUCAAAAUGUCGGUCGCGAGCGCCACGUCUUCGGAAACCGUCCUCGACGAGCGCGACCACGGCGAGCUGCACGUGAUCAUGAGUCUCUCGGGGGAGAAGCUCCCGGCGUUUUUCCAGUCGCUCGAGCGCAGCCACCACUCGCCCAAGAAGGAAAUGAUCGCCAACAACUUUGACGAGACCGACAACCGGCUCGAGGUCAGCGUCGUCUCGGCGCGGGGCCUCGUGUACGUGGACCCGAAAGAGAACGCGCCGUCGACCGCCAUCAAUCCGCUCGCCGAAGUGCACGUGCUCGACGUUCACAAGCGGCUGCUCCACCGCGAGACGUACCGCAGCGGCAUUCAGUUCCGAACCAUCGCACCCACGUUCUCCGAGUCGUCGUUUGUGUGUGGCCGCCAUGCCCCCAUCGACCAGGCCGGGUACGUCAAGGUCACGAUCCUCCACGCCGAGCGCGGCGACCGCUUCAUCCCGCUCGGGUCGGUCACCAUCGAUCUCAACGAAGUGUCGGCCUACAAGUUGGCCAAGUGGUAUCCGCUCGAGUCGGCGCCCGGUCCCGACGACCACGUGGGCGAUGUGCGCCUCCAGCUGUGUUUGAUUGGCGAAAGCCGCGGCGAGAAGCUCCAAAGAGAAGCCACGCGACGUGCGGUUACGGCGGCGGGGCACACCAAAACGAUCGAGCAGACCGAGCUCGACAAUGCGCAGUUCCAAAUGCUCCUGGCCGAGCGGCAUUUGGACGGCGCCAAGAUCGCGUGUGCGGAAAAGGGGUAUCAAGUCCGCCACCCGAGCUUUUACGGCGUCAACGGCUACCUCCACGGCGCGCAUGCGCAGCUCGUGCAUGCCAACCGGCGCCACCAAACGCCCGACCAUGUCUUCCAGAACCGCGGGUCCAUCGAAGGCUACGCGCUCUUGGACGUGGCAAUUGUCGGUGUUCAAAACCUGACGGUGGGCGACCGCGCGUCCGUCUUGCCGGUGGGCACGUACGCCAAGCUCGAAGUUGAGCCCACGGUGGCUAUCAUUGCGGGCAAGAAGGUCUCCAAGCCGUACCUCGUUCGCAAGGCCAAGAGCCCCAAGAAGUCAUCGACGCACCGCGUGUUGCAGCACCCGGAAGACCGCGAUGAUUUGAACGGCGGCAUGGUCCGGCAGGCGAUCUGGGGCAAGAAGCCGCUGACGGCCGAGGUGUCGCCGGCGCGGCAGCGCCUCGGGAAGAACGAGCAGCGCCAUGAAAAGGCCGACGUCAUGGUCGACGAUCGACCGUACUUGCGCGUGCGCAUCGUGUCGGGGCACAGCCUUCUCGCGGGCGACAUGAACGGCUAUAGCGACCCGUAUUGCACCAUCUUUCUCACCGACACGCACGACGUGCCGUACAAGAAGGAGAAGAAGAAGACCGCCGUCGUGAGCAAGACGCUCAACCCGGUCUGGCAGCACGAAGAAUUUACGCUCGGUUACGACAUUGACCUCAACGACGCCAAAACGCUGCUGGUGCACGUCAAGGACCACAACAACAUCGGGCACGCGACGCCGCUCGGACGCGUCGAGAUUCCACUCCAAGACCUCUGCCAGGGCUCCGCGACGACGACCUCGAUCGCGACCGUGGCCAUGACCAAGCGCUACCGACUUGUGCCCGAACCGUGGAUGAAGCAGGAGCGCGUCGACCUCGGGGAGCUUUGCCUCGAGACGGAAAUGAUCGGCAACGCCACCGUGCUCGCCCAGCUCCUCGUGCGCCAGAAGCAGCUCGCUGCGGGGAUGCUCUCAUUCCACUCGUCUCAUUCGCUCAUGGGACCGGGAGACGCACCGCCGACGGACGCUGCCGUCAUGGAGGACGAAGAAACCAUCUUUACGCCCGGCCAGCACAUCCGGACGUACUCGACGCCCGGCAGCGACCCGCAGUGGCUCGGCGACCGCUUCCAGCUCCAGCUUGCGUACCCGGCCCUAUUGACGGACUCGGUACCCAGUGUCAAGUACCGGGACGAAGGUUUCGAGUACGACGUCCGCGUGACGGUGCUCUGUGGCCGCAACAUGCUCAACUGCGACCGCAACAGCGAGGCCGACCCGUUCUUCACCAUCUACCCGGUCUGGCCCACGGGCGAGGUCGUCCAUGCGGCCAAGCAGCAGUCGCUCACGGUCUACGAGAGCCGCAACCCGGUCUGGCCGACGACGUCGUUUACAUUUGGCCACAGCUUUGACGUGACCAAGAUUUCGCACUUGGCGAUUCACUUUUACGACCGCGAUUGGGGCGACCUCGACACGUCGUGCCUCGCCGCACUCGGCGAUCCGAGUGAAGUCAACAACAGCGCGUGGCUGCCACGGCAUCUGCUGCACAAGGUGUCGCAUGCCGGCGACGUCGACAAGUCGGGAGCGCGUGACAUGCUCGAGUACGACCAAAAAGUGCUGGCGUUCCGUCGGUGCGGCGCGGGCGGCAACUACUUCCCCGGGCGCGUCCGCCACUACACGCCGUUCCCGGCCGAUACGUACCUCGUGCUCUUUGACGACGAGCUCGACUCGAUCGCGCUUCUCAAGAAACUGCUCAGCUACGAUGCCAUGGGCGAGAUCAUGCACGUGCGCAACGACGGCACGGUCGACGUCCAGCUGCUUGGUGAGAAGAAGACAUACGUGCCGCGCGUUCCGCUCCGCCUCUUGACGCCAAUCAAGUCGUUCCCGCCGUCGGUCGACACGACGUUGGCGGCCAAGCGCCCGUCGGCGGCCGCGCCGACGCGGGCGAAAAAAUGGGCGUCCGUGCGCCUGCAUGUGCUCUCGCUCGCCGAGAUGCGUCUACCAGAGAACGUCAACGCCGCGGUCGUCGUAACCCUCUUGGCGGCGCCCGAUGCCAAGCAUGUCAUUGUGACACCGCUCGGUGAAAUCGUCGGUCUCGCUCCCGAGAACGAGACAGCAGCGGGGCUACUGCCACCACCACCGUCGCGCGCGUCCUUGCCGCCGCCCGAAGCACCGAAAACGUACGUCGUGCCGUCGGCGCACGGCGCCGCGCUCGCGCACGUCGACCCACUGACGCUCGAGGGACCACUGCUCGAUGCGACCGACGCCUUUGUCUUCCGCAUCGUCGACCAAGGCAGCGCCAAAGAGGCGACAAAAGGCUCGACGCGGGUGCUCGGCAUGGCCAAGCUCGACGUGCAGAGCCUUCUGGAAGACCAGCCAAACCAACACCUCAAGAUCUUCCCCGAGAAGACGCUGUCGUUUGACACAUUUUACGGCGUUUUGCAAGCCCGAACGAGCUGCACGCGCCGGCCAGUCGACGACGACGUCAUCGAAGAGAGCCUGCUGACGUCCACACUGGACGAAGGCAAGAAAGGCCUCGACGAGUGGUACGCUGAUGUGCUUCGAAAGGAGGCCGAGACGUCGCUCGGCCUCUCGCUGCGGUCGCUCCUCGAGCCGGGCAACCACGUCGAGCUCUCGUACCUCGCACGGCGCCAAGCGCUCCGCGGUGCGCUCUCGGCGCGGCAGAACCGACAAGUCGACAACCUCGGGUUCGCGCUCAACGCUGUGUACCGGCACAUUCUCAGCGUCCUCCGCGCCAUCGAGCUCUUUGACGAAUACGAGGGCUUGUCGCACGACGAUCAGCGCAAGUUCUCGGCCAUGCACUGCGUGAGCGCGCUCGGCGACGACGACGAGUGGCUCUACCGGCGGCUCAACGACAUGCCGCUGCACGUGCGCAAGAAGACCGUCGUCGACCUCGAGAUGCAUCUUCUGCAGCUGGCCGGCGCGACAGCACUGCCCGAGGUGCCGCUGCCCGACGCCAGUCGUGACGAGUGGCUGCGCGUGCGCACGUUGCGCUGGGAAGCCAUCAACGAAGUCGGUGAUUUCUUGCCCCUCGAGCGCGGGUUUGUGCUCAAGUACGCCGCGUGUUUUACGGGCGCGGGGCUCAUCUCGUGGAUUCUUCGGCUCCCGUCGGUGCUCUGGAAGGACGGGUGGACCGCGUUUGCUGUGAACGAGGUCAUGGACGACGACGCGCUCCUGAUGUGGGAGGACCCGUCUCUGUUGACCAACACGGAGGCCAUGCAAGCGCCCGAGAGCCGCGAGCAUGCGCUCGUGUGGCUCAAGGCGCUCUUUGACGCCGGCUACAUUGAGAGCGUCUCGGACAAGCGCGACUUUGCCGACGGGGACGAUCGGUACUACCGGCUGCACGGCCUUGAGCACGAACGCUUGCACCAAAAGCGCAAGGACAGCACGUUCCCUUUGGACUUGGUCCAGGAAGUCGACUGCCAAACCAAGAGCAAGGGCGAGCUCUUCUGCAAGCGGCUCACCGACCACGCGAGCGGCUUUCUUGGGACACAGAGCACCGUCUCGAGUCUGAUCGGAUCGGCCGCGACGACGGUCGAAGCCAUGACGAACUUGAAAGUGCCGCACUUGACGCUGCCCAACGUUGCGAAUGCGCUGAGUCUCUCGCCGCAGUUGUUGUGGGACUGGAAAUACGCGCUCUUCGUGCCGGGGGCCAAGCACGAGCACAAGUACAUUUACUUGUACGACUCGGUGCACGCGACGAACGCGUCGAUCGUGAUCGAUCUCUCGGGUGCGCGCACGUUGGUCACGUACAGCAACGCCAAAGUCCAUGGGGACGACUGCUUUGAAGUACGCUUCCCGACCUUCUUUGCGCCCGACCCGAUCACCAACAAGCUGCGCAAGCUCUCGGACGCCGACGUUGAGGCAGCGUUCGCGUCGGACGUCAGCCACAGCAUCGUGCUCAAGGCCACCGACUCGCAGGUGUGGGUGCAGGCCAUGCUGCUCGCCGGUGUCAAGGUCGUGCUCGAGAAGCGCCAGAAAGUCCUCUUUCAGCGCCUCAACAACACGGUUCUCGAAGCCAAGUGCGUCAAGGCCAACGUGCCGUUCAACGCGUCCGACCCCGAAGGUUGCUUCCAGCAUCUCAUGAAUGCAGUGUUUGGCCACGACAAGGCGAGCCAGCACUCGUCCGACAAGCAACUCAAGGAGCUUCGGUCGCGGAUUCGCAGCGAACUCAAAAAGACAGCCGCGCUCAAGGAGCCCGUGACCGCCAAGUACGGGCAGAGCGGCAUCUUUGACCCGCCACCCACCGACGCACGCAAGUUCACGCGCAGUACCGAGUACCCGGCGCGGAUUUACAAAAUCGCGACACCGUUUACGGACGCCAACUACCCGUGCAAGGUGCUCUACAAGCUCGAGGCGGCGCCGACACGCAUGCAGUUGCUGCUGAAGAAGUAUGGGAUCUCGUCGCGCGUCCUGUGGCUCGAGCAACCCAAGGCGAUUCGCGACCUCUUCCUCCUCUACGACGUCGAGUACCACCACAAGAACGAGACGAUCAUCGAGAAGCACCUGUUGCGCGAGGACUUUCACACGAUGGACGGCGACCUCGACCCGCUCAAGGUGCACAGCAAGUGCGUCGACUUGAACGUGGUCUUCAAGCCCCACGAUCUCGAAGGCUGCGUCUCGCUCUUCACGACGUACGAGAACGGCGAGACGCCAAUGGGCCGGUUCCGCAUCCCAAUUCAAGCUCUCUCGGACACACGCGAGCUCGACUGGUGGUUCAAGCUCAUGCCGGAGCGCGGUAUGCUCCAGCGGCGAGAGCUCGGGUCGAUCCGCGUGCGCAUCGAGAUGCGCAAGCACCCGUCCAAGACGUGCAUGGGCAGCCUCGCGCUACCGCCGCCGGUCGCGCAGCGCAUCGAGAAGGCAAUCACCACCAAGGUCCACGGUCAGCCAGAGUCGUGGCUGCGGCGCAAGCGGUCGGGCGCUGCGGCCGUGGCCAAGCCCAAGGCGCCAGUCCGAUCGGUCUUGCACGUUGACAUUCUCGAAGGCCGCAAGCUCAUUGUGAGCGACAUUGUCACGUCCGACCCGUUCGUGCAGCUGUACCUUGUCGGUACCAAGAGCGGCAAGGACGAAGAAGUCGCUUGCGGCAAAACUGACAUUGUGCCCAACACGCUCAACCCCAAGUGGACCAACCAAGGGUUCACGCUCGGGCGCGGCGACGACGUCCGCCUCGACGACAAGAAGGCGCUUAUUUUGCGCGUCUUUGACCACGACUCGCUCUCGAGCAACGACCCGAUGGGGUGUCUCCGCCUCGAGUUUGAUAAGGACCAUCUCGGGUACAUUCGCCGCCUCAAGCUGCACCACGCGGGUCCGAGCGGCAAGGAGACGCCGACGUGGCUGGCCCUCGACGACAAUGGCGAAGUCGAAGUCUUUGAGCGUCUCAUGCGCGACACGAAGGCUGGACAGCUCGCGUGGGCGAAAGCUCGUGGCAAUUCCGAAGAAGACGGCAUCCUGGGUCGUCUCCGCUUUCGCGUUCAAGUCACCCACUGCGACUUUACCGAUGUGCCCGAGGCGACGGCGCCGGCGGUCAAGGCCGGAAGCCCCCUCAAGCCGGGUGCGUCGACGGUUCGCGCCAACCCCGCGCACUCGGACCUCACACGCUUCGGGCUUGAGCUCACGCUCCAGAGCGUCUAUGGCAAGGACAAAAAGGCGACUAUCGAUGACGCCAGCCUCGCCGGCUUUACCCUUGCAUUUGCCCCUCGAACGCGCGAAGGCCACCUUGUGAGCUACGACGUCCUCGCCGAGCAAGCGACCCACGACGGCAAAACGCCGCUUCUCGAGCGGCUCUACGAAGUCAUUUUACUCGGGACCUCGUACGACGUGACGCGCGUUGCGUCCUACGACGUCGUGUUGCACCACACUGAGCGCGGUACGUCACUUCUCGGGUCGCUCGUCGUCUCCACCACGCUCGCCAACGCGACACUCGAGAUUGAGUGCGUUAACCGCGACUCCAAAGACGUCCUUCAAAAGGUCGUCGUGACCUUUACCGCGUCCUACUUGGGGCUGCACCGGGCCGAGUACGUCGAGCGGGUCCUCGCCGAGACGUAUGCGUACGCCGGCCUCGACUUUGACCCGCGCGCGAUUGCGUCGCUUGGUCAAACCGCCGAGACGUUCCUCUGGGAGGCGUGCCAUGUGCCCGUGGUGGUGCCCGGCGAGAGCAUCUCCAAGCUCCUCUUCCAGCAGCUCACAAAGCUCUCUGAGAGCACGCGCUUGCAUUGGCAGCUCACGCCCAAGCUGCUCUUCUUCCUUCUUCAUCACAGCUUGUCGCGUGGGAAAGAUCGUCUCGCGUACGAGUAUACACUGCCGCUCGACGCUGUCCUCGCGCGCUGGUCGGCGGUGCUGAGCGCCGUUGCCGAGGCCAAAGGGCAGCUCACGGGUCGUCUUCAUGGUGAGCUCACGCCACGCUUGAUUGCUACGCUCUCGACACUCUGCGACUGGACCGGCGGCGACACGGUCAUGACGGCGGCAUCGUCGCACGACACGCCGCAAACCUUGACGACGCUGCACGUGGGCGAUACGGUCCACGCGCACGUGGCGCCAGCGCUGGCGCUUCUGCCGGGCGCGGCGGUCGACGUCCGUUCCAGGGACAGCACCGCGUACAUCGCCGGUGUCGUCGCGUGUACGUACGCCGACGCCUUUGUCGAUGUCAUGUGUCCGCCAAUCUCGGACGACUUGUCCCCGCUCACCGAGACGAGCGUCGUGUACGUGCGCACGCCAAAUGAGGAGUGUACGUGGAGCAACCUCCGGUCGGCUACCGUGACCGACAUCAAGGCCAACGAUGGAACGCCAUCGUACCGUGUCUGCUUCGACGACGACAACACAGUGGCUUGGCUGCCGAGCACCGAGCUCUACACGUAUCGUAGCCGCGUGAGCGUCGAACAUGUGAGUCCGCUACUGCUGCCCAACACAUACGUCCGCGUCGUGCACGACCAGAGUAACCGGGCGGCGCGGGUCGUGCGCUCGGUAGGUGGCGCGCAGUACGAAGUGGCGUUCGUCGAAGGCGGUGGUGCGUCCAAGACAGUGGCGCGCGGCUACUUGGCGCCACUGCCGACGCACCUUGUCCGCGGCAUUGUAUCGUGCGUGCGCACGGUGGAGGACGGACCCCCGGUGUACGACGUUGUGCUCGACAACGCCACCGUCGCCACCAAUGUCCCGCGCGAUCUCUUGCGCUGCGAAGACGUCGCGCUCACGACCGAUGCGCUGCACCUCUGCGCGGCGUACGUGCCAACCAUCAAGAUAGGUCCCACGUCAGUGGUAGCCGACUCCAUCUGCAACCUCUGGGGCGGAUCGUCGGUCGUCCAGACGUACCUGGAGCUGCCUUCGCCCAUCCAGAGUGUCGCCGUCCGCGACGUUGUCACGGGGGCCGUCACGCUACUUGCCCCGCGCAACGAGUCGGCACCGACCUCCUUCGGACAGUACCACGGCUACGUCCUCGGCACGCAGUGGGCCGACGCAGACAAGGCCAAGGCGGCGGCUGUGCGCCAGUUGUCGGUCAAAGAACUGUCGCUGCCACACCUGCUCUCGUUGCUUCUGGCACCGGUGCCGCACGUGUGCCUCACGGGCACGUUGGCCAUCGCCGGUGCGAAUACGGUUGCCUUCCAUGCCGCAAUGAGUCAGUGGACGGCACCGUCGCAGCUUCUCGCCAUCGAGAUGCGCCGCGUGCUGACGCUCAUGGUGCACGCUGCCUUGCCGAUCGACGAGGCACCUACCGCGCUGACCAUCGUGUCGAUCACAAGUGUCUUGGGCGGCAAGCCCGUGACGGACGUCGUCUUGCGCGAGAAGGGCACGGUCUCGGCUACGUACAAGAGCACGAGCAAAGCGCUCACGAAGGUGCCGAUCGAGAACCUCCAACUGCUGAUCGACUUUGAGGCGCGACUGACGCUUCCAACGAGCGCAGAGGCGUUGGCGACGGUGGCGAGCGGUGCGCUCGAUCGUGCCAAGGCGGUCGCCGACGCUCUGCACGCGCAAACUUCGCUCGCCUACGCCGAUAGCAGUGCUGGUACGUGGUCGUUCGACGCCGACGAGAUUGCAUGUGCCGAUGCAAACGACACGCUCUCGAUUCAAGUCGCCAAGCGCGGCAAGAAGGACGAGUUGGUCCGUGACUGGUCGGCGCCACCGACGAGUGAGCUCGCGACGUUGCCACUGGCCGACGUGCACCUACUCGUGACGACGACCGACAACAAGGAGCACGAUGUUGCGCUGGCGGCCUAUCACCUGGAGCAAGAAUGCGACUUGCGCCACGAGCUCUUGCCGCGCUUUCAAGCAUCGCUGGUGGCGGCGCCGAGACCGAACGGCACGGCGGUUGUCCGCUUCCACGAUGCCAAAGACGCCACGAGCGUUGUCGACGCAAGUGACAUUGCUCUGGACGCAGUGCACGUCGAUGUACUCAAGGCCCACGACCUGCACACAACCAAGUCGACGCGGAAGGGCUCGGUUGGCGACUUCAUGGACGAAGAGAUCUCGGUGCGGGUCUUCCUUAUGACGAGCGACGUACCGUCGAACGCCGGUGGCAAGAACCGCAUCGGCCUCACCGUCAACGCCGACGGCGCGAUUCUCAAGGACCUCAAAGGCCAAGAGUACCCCAAGAGCACCGAGAACGUUCGGUCGGCGCACAAGGAGCACCACAAACCGUCGGUGGACUGGGAAGCCGUCAAGAAGACCAAGCGCUUCACGUUUGGCCAGCCUCGCAUGCCGCUCGAGUACGCGACUAAGCUCGUGCUCGAAGUCAUGACCUCCGGGUCGGGGGCCGUGCUCUCGGGGCCAACCCACACGACAGGCGCUGCGUCGAAUUUUGCAUCGUCGAGCAACUGCCUCGGGUUUGCGACACUCGACCUCGCCACCUUGCCAAAGCAUGCUAAAGAGGUGUCGAUCCCAUUGCACCGAAAGGGCCACCCCGAAGACCGCGAGCCGCGUGGGAGCCUGACGCUUCGCGUGCAGCGGGAAACGCUUCUCACGGUCGGCACCACAGUCCACGUUCGUCGGUGUGCGCCGUUGGACAAGUGGGUGCUCUGCCCCCACGAACUCGUCUUGCGCAGUCUGCGCUACAAGACCAAGCAUGCGGAGCGCGGCUUGGUCGAGAAGCUGCAUGGCGAGGUGCUUGCAGCUGCCAAGAGUGUCGAGCACGAACACGAGGUGCAAAAGCUCUUGCAGCUCGUGCGCCUCGACGACGACCAAGUCAGCUUUACCUCGCGGACGGUUUCGGUCGUGCUCAAGCCGCGCCAGGACGCGUCAUCGUACGUGGCGGUCGUGCCGCCCAUGACGCUCUCUCAGGUGAGCGCGGCCGACGUGAUCGCCGCGGGCCGAGCGACUGCCGAUGCGGUCGUCGAGAUGCUCUCGCCGCGCCACAAGCACCGGCGGCUCAAGUGGUCGGCCGACUUUGUUGAGAAGAAGCCAAGUGACACGGAGCACGUGGUUGCCGAUCACCGGUCGCCGUUCGAAGUCGCAACCGACCGCCUCCGAAGCACGCUUCUCAAGCUUCACUACGUCUCAACAACCAAGCUCAUUCCGAUGCUCGACAAGAUGGCGCUCCUCAGUGUGUCGCCGAGUGCCGAUUUCGUCGAAGCCGAGCGUAUCUUGACGUUCUUUGAAGACGAAGUCGACGAGUUGGACCAUGACGAUGCCAAAGCGUUCGAGCGGCUUGACAAGAAGACGCGUGUCGCCAAGCUCACGCAGCUGCUUGGUCGGCUUCUCAAGGCGUACGUCCGCGUCUCGAUCCUCGUCGACCACGAAACUCGGGGUAAUGUCAACCACCGCAUGACGGACGAGGUCGUGGGCAUGGCCAUCAUCCCGCUGCUCGACCUCCUCGACCAGCGCCAACACAACCGGCAGUACCAGCUCCAUCUCGACCGCAAAGGCAACGACGGUCUCUACGCCCGCGACCUCAAGAAGGCCCUCGUGCACGUCAAGACCAAGCUCUCGUUCUCCGAGCUCUCGAUGCUCGAGACUGCGAUCCGCAUUUUCAAAGACUUCAAGGCAAACUACAUCGACACGUUCGAAGUCGCGCGGCGCCGCGUGACGGCCGCGGUCGUCCCGGCGCAACGCCGGCGCUGGCAAACCCUCAUGGGGUACCUCGAAACCCUGCGCGAACAAAGCGUCGGCAAGAUGCACUGGGAGACAACGCCGACGCUGCUCGAGCACGUCUGGGACAUUUUUCUGUCGCACAAGCGGCAGUUCCCGAGCCAGUUGCUGGCGUUUGCGCCGCAGAUCGUCGCGUACCGAGACGCGGUCGUCAAGGUCCACGCGCGCUGGGUGAACCUCCAGCCGAUGCUGCAAGAGCUGCUCGCGAUUCAAUCGCGUGUGGCCAUUGAUGCGACCCGGACGCCCGACCUCUUGGAGUUGAUCCAGAACCAAGUCGAAGGCCUCGACGUCCUCCGCCGCAAUGCGUGGGACCAAGUCGAAGACAAGUGGCUGAGUCUGCGGGACGUCCUCGAAGAGCUUGUGGGCAUGCAAGAGCGCAACAAGCUGCACAUGGCCCGCGCACCGCUGCUCCUAAAAUUUGUGAGCGACCACUGCUCCAAGGGGCUCAACCCGCGCCACGCCGACGCGGUGGCCGCAGUUCAGUUUCGCUGGAUCGCACUCACCAAGCACGACGGCCCGAUCAACGAGCUGCGGCUCAUGGAGACGCAUGGGCUGCACUGGCGCCGAACGUACGACCUCCUCCGGCUCCUCGACGAGCAGUGCGAAGGGUUUAGCGACGUGGAUGCUAAAGCGCUCGGUGCCGUCAAGGAGCGCUGGGCUCAAGUCGAGCACUGGCUCCAUGACUUUCUCGAGAUGCAGCAAAGCCAAAAGAUCCACUGCAAGCAGACGCCGUAUGCGCUGCGCAAGUUCCUCCUUAUUCGCGACCACGACCUCGUCCGCUCCAAGGACUUGAGCGUCGAGCACGACCACGAGCAGGUCGAGGGCAUGCUCGAGUGGUACGCGCACGAAGAGGCCAAGCGCGAGCUCAUUCGCCUGCCCCACCAUCGCAUCACGACGGACAUUGCGCGCGACAACUGGCUCAAGUAUUCCGAGAACGGCCGCGACGCGCGCCUUCUCAUCACCAAAGAUGAGAUGCGCAUGAAUGCUGAGAACGUCCGCGCAGCGCUCAUGGACCGAGGCGUGCUUCCUGCGUCGAUGCCGUGGCAUGAGAUUGCUCGCAUUCGCAAGGCAACGGGGCAGUGGCCCAAAGUCGUGCUGGACGAGAUUGAUGCAUUGGACGCGGCCGUCGAUAAGAACGAGCUGUUGCGCAACCCUGAGCGCGUCGUCGAGCUCUCGACGGUGCUCGAGGACGUCGGCAAAGGCGACUUGCUCUGGAAGGUCAAGCACUGCGUCAACGAAAACAAAGAGACGGCAAUCCCAAGCACGAUGAAAGACCUCCUCUUCGAGUGCCAGCGCCGGGGCUUGGCGACGACCGAGCUCGACGCGCUCCUGAAAGGACUCGCGACGACGUUGCAGAAGGAAGAGCUCACGCGACGCACCAUUCCCGUACCGGCCAACGCGAGCUAUGAGAAAGUGUGUUCGAUCCUCGUGGCGCACCAAGUCACCGAAGUGCCGCUUCCCGUCAAGAUUACCGACAUCCAAGACGCUCUGGUGGCGCGUCACUUGGACAAGAAAGGCGACGCGCAGUACGUCCGCGGCGUCCGUGUCAACACCGUGUCCCACGGCGCGCUCGGGAAUGGUCCGUCGCCGCUCGGCAUUGUCGACAGCCACGUCGAGCUCCUUCGGAAACAACUGCUCAUGGAGGCGAUGCGGAAGCGCAACUCGCUCAUCAAGACGUUCCCAGUGGCGUCGCCGGUGUUGUUGGAAGAGACAGCAGACGUCGUCGAACUCGACAUGAGUGGCAACAACGACGCGCUCGUCGACCGCUUCCACGCCUUCCUCGUGCACGAAACGUACUGCAUCAAGCUCGCUUCGUACGCGGCCUUGGACCGCUGCGCGCGGGCACUCGUCGGUGUGCCCCGGGACCAGGUGCUGACCAAAGAAGACAUGGCGCUGAGCCUUCAAAAGUACAAGGCGCGGCUUCCGGCCACGGCGUUCACGCGUGACGAGCUCCUCGGUGCUGCCAAGUCCCGUCUCAUCAAUGCGCCGACCGAGAAGCUCUUGGCGCAGUGCCCGAGCGGCGGCAACGCACCCGCCAUGGCCUACUAUGCCGCGCUCCGGACGACCGCGAUCACCUUCCAAGAGAGGUUGCCGUUCACAGGGCGCGUCGCGACCAACCUCGGUGCCGUCGAUGCGAUGCCGUUUGAAGUGCCACGGGAGCUGCUGAGCACGACGGCGCUGCCACUCAACCGGAGCAAGCUCACAUUGGGGUACGUCAUGGUCGACUGGCUCCUCGGCAACGACGACACGCCGGUCGAGCUCCGGAGCGCGAAAAGCAAGUAUUACCUCCAGCGACUGCAGUGGGUCUCGGCGGCGCUGACGAUCCGCGACCGGUGGUGGACGCUCGGACGCGGCUGGUGCGAUCUGCCCAGUGACAUUGGUGUCGGCGUCAAGGUCCUUCUGGAUCAGCUCAUUUUGAUGGCCGGCGAGAACAAGAUGCACAUGACCAACGCCGAGCGGCUGCUCAAAGAAAUCAACGAAAAGUGCUUCGAGCUGCGCCUCCGUGAGAACGAUGCACUGGAAAAUAUUCUGUUUCGGUUCAACGAAAACAUGGCGCUGCUCGAGGAGCUCGUCGAACACGCCGAGCGGUGCAUCAACAAUCGCAAGCUGCACUCGGAGCGCACGCCCGAGCUUCUGCACCUCAUCCAGCAGCACUGCGUCACGCCGAAGGGGCUCAGCACGCGACACCAAGAGGCGUACCGUGUCGUGACGACGCACUGGCUGCCGCACGGGCGACAACUCGAGGAGCUUGUUCAAAUGCACAAGGAAGGGACGUUCAGCAUCCAUCGGACACCUGAGAUUCUCGAAGAAAUGGCGCACCACACCGAAGGCAUUGCCGGCUCGAAAGAGAUCAUCAAGCCCGCGGACGAAGCCGAGAACAACGACGCGUUUUCAGCGGCGCAGCUCACCGAGUGGCGCAAAGGCCGUCGCAAGUCGAUGCUCAACGAGCUCCGCCCGGGCCUCUCGAUCGAAGAGCCGGAAGUGUCGGCACCGAUUUCUACCGAGGUCGAAACGUGGAAGUCGCUGUCGCCGCCGACCGCCACGAAAGCCAACGUCUCCCCGCUCAAGCGCUCCGUGACGUGGUCGUUUGACGCCGAGGCGACCAAGGGCGAAGCGUCGCGACCGGCGCUGCCCAUCUUUCAGCUCCAGCACAAGCUCCAACCGCGCAAGGCGACACUGACAGAGGAGGUGUGCGAACUCAUCAAGUCGCCGUCCAAGUGGUUUGAGCCCAAGAAGAAGAUUGCGCGGAUUCCGCCCCGGCUCUUCUUCCCACCCCAAGUCGCCCGCGACGAUCAUGAGUAGCAAAGACUUGCAACUGCAUAUUUCAAAAUCAAAACCGGUGCAUUCACGA